CGAAGAAGAAAACUUAUUACAAACCAACCAAAACUCUAAUGGAUCCUCCCUUCGGCCACUCUCACCACCACCACCACCAUCACCACCAACGCGAUGACAACGAAGAUGAUCGUCACUCCUUCGGCGCACCACCACCACCACGCAACAACUUCGCCGAUGCUCCUCCACCCCCUGGUCUUUACCCUCAUCUCGAUCCUUACGCACCUCCUCCGCCAGAACCAGCGCCUUACCGAUCGGAGUUCGAGCCAUACGCUCCUCCUCCUCCUUACCGUUCAGAACCUUACUUCGAAGCUCCGGCACCACCGCCUCCGUUUGGUAACGUGAGCCAUGUCGCUCACCACACUUCCCAAGAACCAUACCAACCAGAUCACCACCGCUACGGAGCUUACCCGCCGCAUAAUUCUUCCCUGGAGAGCUACGGAGACGACACCGGCGUGGUGCACGUGUCUCACCAUAGCUCACAUCAGACAGACAUGCCUUCUGCUUUCCACCACCUCCCUGAUGAUGAGAACCGUGUGCCUGAUAAUCUCGCGGGACUCGCGGGAAGGCAGACGGUGAAGGUGUAUUCUAAAGCAGAGCCUAACUAUUAUCUGACCAUCAGAGACGGUCAGGUCAUUCUCUCCCCAGCUGAUCCUUCUGAUGAAGCUCAGCACUGGUAUAAAGACGAGAAGUACAGCACUCGUGUGAAGGACGCAGAGGGCCAUCCUUGCUUCUCUCUAGUAAACAAAGCCACUGGUGAAGCCAUGAAGCAUUCUGUGGGAGCUACACAACCCGUGAAUCUAGUCAGAUAUGAUCCUGAUACUCUAGAUGAGUCUGUGCUAUGGACUGAGAGCAAGGAUAUGGGUGAUGGGUAUCGAACCAUAAGGAUGGUGAACAAUGUGGGGUUGAAUGUUGAUGCGUUUCACGGUGACAGCAAAUCUGGUGGUGUUCGUGAUGGCACAACUAUUGUCCUCUGGGGCUGGAACAAAGGAGACAACCAGCUUUGGAAGAUCUUUCCUUUCUGAAAAUUGGCGGGUGGGAGUGGUAAGAAGUGGUUAUGUGUAAUGAAAAUAAGAAACGAACAAAACUUUGUUGUUGUGUCUUGUAAGACUCGAGUUUGUGAAUUUGGGAUCAGUAAUCUAUUUUUAAUCUUCUUGUAAGACUUGAGUUUGUGAAUUUGGGAUCUGUAAUCUAUUUUUAGUCUCAUCUUUUUUUUUUGUCGAUUUUAAUCUUAUCUUAAUUUGGAAUAUUGGCUUAUAUAUUUUUCU